AAGUUGAAGAUGCGCUCACUGAGGUGACGCGUUGAGAGGAAAGCGGUCCCCCUGCGAAUUUUCUCGUUUUUUUUAAAUACCCCCCAGAUCGCUCCAUCCGAAGAUCGCUCUCCCCCACUCCCCCACGCCCGCCAACAGCUUGAUGGAAAGAGAGCUGCCUACAUACAUACCACUCGAUCUUAUGUGAAUUUGGGUCAUCGCAGUUUGCUCUGUUUUUUUUCUAGGAAUAUAUACUUUGCUCUGUUUCUCAUCGAAAAUCUGAAAGGAGCGUACGUACUUUGUCUGCCCUUACUGCGCGUCUGUUUAGUUUGAUCUCUAGUUUGUGAUGAGUCCAACGUCGAAAGACGAAGAGAGGCCAGGUUUUGACGACGAGGACGAGGGUCAAAGGAGCAGGAAGAUGGUGGUGAUUGCUGAAGAGACCCAGGGCCGUGGUGGAUUAAGCCCGGAUGCUGACGAUCGAGAUCCCUCCUAUUUCCCCUCCGUGAGCGACGACGUUGCCCUGCUGAUUCUGGCUAGGGUCCCGCGGUCUGAGUACCGGAACCUCGGCCUCCUGAACCGAGGAUACCGGUCCCUCGUCAGGAGCGGGGAGCUCUACUCCGUCAGGAAAUCCGUAGGGAUCAGAGAGCCUACAGUCCUCAUGCUCGCAAGCGGUGAGCGCCACUGGUGGGCCUACGAUCCGAGCUCAGGGUCACGGCGCAACCUCCCGAUCCUCCCCUGCGACCCUUGCUUCUCGCUGUUCGACAAGGAGUCCGUCUGUGCGGGGACCCACCUCCUCGUUUCCGGCAAGGAGGUCGACGGCUCAGUGAUAUGGAGGUACGACCUGUCCUCUGACCGGUGGUUCAAAGGCCCCAACAUGGUAAGCCCUCGGUGCUUGUUCGCCUCCGCCGACUGCGCCCACAUUGCUUGCGUCGCCGGCGGGGUCGGCUCGGGGCUCAAGGUUCUGAACACCGCCGAAAUAUACGACCCCAGCAGGAAGGCUUGGGAGGAAAUCCCCAGGAUGAAGCGCCGCAGAAAGCUUUGUUCGGGUUGUUACAUGGACAACAAGUUCUAUGUCAUAGGCGGGCAGGACGAGAGGGGCGAGAGCCUCAACUGCGGAGAGUUUUACGACCUGGAGAAGAAAUCCUGGGAGUUGAUCCCCAACAUGAUCCAGGGUGCGCGGAGUUGGUCCUCUCCUUCCCCUCCCCUCCUCGCGGUGGCGAACAACGAGUUGUAUUCGCUCGAGGCUUCGACCAACAAGCUUAGAGUGUAUAUUAAGAAGAGCAAUUCUUGGAGGGGCUUGGGGAUGGCUCCGGUGAGAGCUGAUCACAGUAGGGGGUGGGGGGUGGCCUUCAAGUCGUUAGGAGAUGAGCUGCUUAUUAUUGGCAGCAGAGGAGAUUCUUAUGCUUGCUUCGGGAUGACUAUUUGUACUUGUAGGCCUCAUCCUGGUUCGGGUUCGCUUGAUUGGAAGGUUCUUGCGAGCGAUGGUGGUCAGUGGAGCUCGUUUAUUUACAACUGCUCCGUGAUGCUCUCGUGAUUUGAAUUGAGGAGGAUACUUUUUCUCACCCCCUCUGCUCUCAACCGUGUUCGUGUUUUAGUGCAGGAAUUGGAUGGUGGUUCCCGUUGUUUGUAACGCCUUUGGCUCUUGAUGGUGAGUCAACCUAUAUAUGUUGUAAUCGCUUGUUUUCUGAUUUACUACUUAUUUUCCUGUAAGCAUAGGGGUUUUCGUUACGUUUAUAUCAACAUCUCUGGCUCAUGUAUGAUUUUCCAAAGGAGAGCGUGUAUGAAAUAUGAAUCCUUGUUGCAAUUUAGUCUUAUGUACAUAAGCCGUGUAUAAAUAUAUAUAAUUUCAACCGAGAAUUUACUGAGAAAUUAAACUAGACUUUUCCUGCU